AUGUCCUCCGGCAUCGUGCUCAAUGACUCUGUCUACUGGGUUACCUUUCACGCCGGAUAUGACUUUGGGUACCUACUCAAGAUCCUCACUUGCAAUAGCCUCCUAGACACGCAAGUCAGGUUCUUUAAGCUGAUGAAGAUAUAUUUCCCAAUUGUGUACGACAUCAAGCACCUCAUGAAGUUCUACAGUAGCUUGCACGGCGGGCUAAACAAGCUCACCGAGCUCCUUACUGUAGAGCGCGUUGAAGAGUCCCACCAGGCCGGGUCUGAUAGCCUAGUCACAUCCUGCGCAUUCUGGAAGCUUAGGGACUCAUUCUUUGCUAGCUCGAUGGAGAAGCUCAGAGAUUCAUUCUUUGCCCCACAGCAAGCUUAG